UAAACAGGAAGUGUCAACUUUCGUUCGUCUAUCGACACACUCUCUCCAACUCGUGGGUCUCUCUGAUUUCACUGCGUUCCUUUGUGGUGUGUGUGCUAGAUCAAAUAAGUUUUAUUGAAAGAUUGAGGUUCGAGAGCAACGUAAAGUAUGCCUUUCUUUGUGAAUCCAAAGACAAAGAAAAGAAAAUUUCAAGCAAAGGAUCAGAAAAGCUUAGGGAAAAAGAAAGGCUUGAAAAAUCAAAAGGCUUUGUCUGAGGAGGUUGAAAGUGAUUCUGAUGUUGACAGCAGUAAUGAAGCAACAGAAACUAGAGGAAAAUUCUACAGCUCAGAUGAGGAUGAGGAAGAAACACCACAACAAAAACGUUUGCGUCUUGCCAAAGAGUAUUUGUCUCAGCUAGAGAAUGAAGAGGCAGAAAAUAUUGAAGAUGAGGAUGCUGUUAAACAAGCAGUUUCAAGUCGUUUGCAGCAUGAUAUUUCUGAGCAGGCUGGAAAACUGACAAAAGAAGUUGCAGACACUUGCUCAUGCCCCCGUCCGCAAGAUCUGCGAGUCUUCAGGGGACACAGUUUACCUGUUACAGCUGUUGUGAUAACUCCAGACGACAAAUUUGUGUUCACAGCUAGUAAAGACUGCAAUAUUUGCAAAUGGGAUGUGCAGUCUGGCUUGAAAGUGAAGACUAUCAAAGGUGGUCGGAAAGGUACAGAGGAUGUCCACAUAGGACACACUGACCACAUUCUGUGUCUGGCUAUCUCCUCAGAUGGUAACUUUCUGGCAGCAGGAGACAUGAACAACAUGGUGAAGUUAUGGAACCCACAUGACUGUAGCUUCAUUCAUAAGUUCAGAGGUCACAGAGGACCUGUUACUGGCGUGUCUUUCAGAAAAGGUACCCACACGUUGUUCAGUUGCUCAACGGAUAAAGCGGUGAAAGUCUGGAGUGUUGAUGAACUAGCCUAUGUGGAAACUUUAUAUGGACACAAUUCCCCCAUCACGUGUAUAGACAGUUUGAACAGGGACAGAGCUAUCACGUCCGGGGGCAGUGACAGGUCUAUCCACAUCUGGAAAAUCCCGGAAGAUUCACAGUUACUAUUUUACGGCCAUGAGGGCUCCAUUGAGUGUGUGGCUUUGAUCAACGAAGGGAAUUUCUUCAGUGGUUCGGAAGACAGUUCCCUGUGUCUGUGGAGUGUGUUGAAGAAGAAGCCAUUAGUGACGCGGCAACAUGCCCAUGGCACACCAGCAGGUCAAAACAGUGAGGACUGGAUUUCUGCAGUGGCUGCCUUGCAAUAUUCCGAUCUGGUGGCUUCAGGUUCCAAGGAUGGUUUGGUUCGACUUUGGAAAUGUGGCCCCAAUUUCAAGAGUCUGUCUCCUCUGUUUGAAGUGCCUGUGAAUGGCUUUGUGAACAGUUUGUCCUUUUCAAGCAAUGGAGACUUCUUAGUGGUGGGUGUAGGACAGGAGCACCGUCUGGGGAGAUGGUGGAGACUAAAAGAUGCCAAGAAUGGAUGGGUGAUCAUCCCUCUGAAAGGACUUGACCAAUCGAGUGAUGAUUCGGGUGCUUCCGAGAGCUCGGAAGAAGGGAGUGAUGAUGAUUCAGGGAAUUCUGAUUGAAGACACUUUUUGAACACUGCAUUUACUACUUUGCUGCAGAGGUGUGUCACUGGGACUGAGGUGAUGUGAUACAUCAUGGUCUGUAAGAUCUUGGACUAAGCAUUGACCAUUGUCUCCGGAGAGCUUUUGUAAAAGAUAGCCAUUGUUUUAAGAUAAUUAAUUACGUGGCAGGUUUGCUUCGUCCCUUUUUCCAUGGUUUUGUAUUAUUUUACUUUGAAGGGCACACGUACCCACUUUCAAAAGGAUUUGACUGUAAUUAAUUUACAUUCUUGACUUGAACAAAGGACCUUUGUCUGGUUAUGUUCCUUUGUUGGUGCAUACUGAAAAGUUGAAUCUCAGGACUUGGCAAAAGAAUACACCUUGUAAUUCAAACCUAUUAUUCAUUGUCACUGGCAAGGUAUGUAGACUUGGCAAAACUACUUUGCUAUUUCAAAGGUAUUGAGAAUGUGUGCUUAGAGUUUGGCUGCAGAGCAUGUGUGGAAAUUUCCCUGAUAAGCCACUUCAUGAAUGCAUAUCCUGACCUGAUUUGAACCUAAAGCAUUGAUGACCUGUGGUCAUUUCUUUUUGUUUCCUUCAAAAUAAACCAGUUGUCUAGUUUUAUAUUUUUGUCUUUCACAAGAUCUAUUGGAGCACUGCACAUGUGCUGCCUGUCUUUGUAUUAUAGAGCAGAGCGUGGAAAUUGGCCUCUUGAACGUCUGACAUGUAUAUCCCCAGUAGACUUUGUUACCUGCCAACCUUAGAUCAUUAAAAUAUGAUUGUCAUCAUCAUUCAGUGUAAAUAACAUGUUUACCUAUUGAUGGAGUUAUGCUCUUAUUGUGUGAGUGGGAAGAUAGGUCAACUCUUAUUUAGCUCUAAAACGUUGCUGAGGUUGAUCCGUGUAUCCUAAAAAAUCGGGGAUCCGCGUGUUCUAUAUAAUUGACAACAUAAAAGUACUGUGGAUUAUUUUUAAUGUCUUUUCUCAUUUAAAGCGGGGAGGGGGUUGGCGUAUCGAAAAGUUUUGAAGAAACCAUUUACACGGUGAGAGUAUAACACUAUUGAUAUGCUAAGCCAAGGCCCUGAAAAUGAAAUGGCACUGAGAGUGCAUGUUAGUUGUACACUUCCAGACAAAACUUGUAACAUGUUUGUUCUGUAAUAUUUCUUUUGUGACAGGGCUUGGGAUUUAGCCAUUGUCUCACAAAUGUAUGAGCGUGUUUGGCAAAUGUUGAGAAUGGAAGAUAAUAAAUAUGAAAUAAUAUAAUGUG